AGAACAUUUAUUACUAUGUAAUAUAAUCUUCCAUCGGCCCUCCUCUGGAAACAUCUCUCUUCUACAUUACAGAAUCAUCCAGUCCUCCAUUGGGUUAUCAGAGUUCCAUGUCUAUAUAAUCUCCUGAAACUACUUCUUCUUCUUCUUCUUCUUCUUCUUCUUCUUCUUCUUCAACUCGCUCUGUUCCUGAGGAAUUGCUAACGAUGAAUCAACCUGAAGAGUCCUGCUCGUCCGGAAUCCUGCAGAACCAUUGUCGAGAAGAAAAGCAAGAAUGCAACGACGACAACAACCUGCCACAAAUCACGCAGGAGCUCCGCAAGUUGCUGAAACUGGCAGGCCCCUUGCUCUUCGUCAGUCUCCUGCAGUUCAGCCUUCAAAUCACGUCGGUCAUCUUCGUCGGCCACCUCGGCGCGCUCCACCUCGCCUCCGCUUCCCUAACAACCUCGAUCGCCGGCCUCACCGGUUACAACGUCAUGAUAGGGAUGGCGGCUGCACUCGAGACGCUCUGCGGGCGAGCCUACGGAGCGAAACAGCCCCACAUGCUCGGCAUCCACACGCAGAGAGCAAUGCUGACGUUCACAAUCCUCUGCAUCCCGAUCUCGGUCCUGUGGUCCUUCACGGGACCGAUCCUCAGGUUCCUGAAGCAGAACGAGGCGAUCUCGACGCUCGCGGGUGAGUCCGCGCCCUGGCUGAUCCCGAGCAUUUUUCCGUUCGGGAUCAUCCAGUGCCAGAACCGCUUCCUGCAGACGCAGAACAUCACACUGCCGCAGAUGGUGAGCAGCGCGGUGGGCUGCGUGGUCCACGCCCUGUCCUGCUGGGUGCUCAUUUUCAGGCUCGACAUGGGGAACAGGGGAGCCUGCCUCGCCAACGGCGUCACGUACUCGACGGUCGCGGUCAUGCUUACCGCCUACAUCAAGUUCUCGGGCCGGUGUGACGAUACCUGGACCGGUUUCAGCUUGGAGUGUGCUCGAGACGUAGUUUCGUUCCUGAGGUUAGGGGUGCCAUCGGGGCUCAUGACGUGUUUGGAGUUUUGGUCUUAUCAGGUUUUCAUCAUACUGGCUGGACUCCUCCCAAAUGCACAACUUGAGACCUCUAUGAUGUUGAUUAGCCUCAACACAUCCGCCAUGGCGUUCAGGAUCCCCAUGAGCCUUGGCAGCGCCAUAAGCACCAGAGUGUCCAAGGAACUGGGCGCCGGCAAUCCAGAGGCAGCCAGGCUGGCCGUACGGGUGGUGCUAUUCCUAGUCGUUUUCCAAGGGCUGCUGGCGAGCUCCAUCGCCACCGCGGCUCGCCACGUGUUGGGAUUCUUGUACACCGACGACAGGCGAUUGGUCAUAUACUUGGCUAGUGUCGUUCCGAUUCUCGCUGCAUCCAACUUCAUCGAUGGAAUCCAUGGCGUCUUGUCAGGUUGCGCCAGAGGAUGCGGGUGGCAGGAAAGAGUUGCGUACAUAAGCUUGGGUUCCUAUUACCUUGUCGGGAUUCCGGUUGCUGCCAGCUUUACCUUCUUAGGCCAUCUUCAAGGAAAGGGGUUUUUGCUGGGGAUUAUUGCCGGGAGCACGGUGAAGGCCGGUGCGCUGUUGAUCAUGACGAUCGGGACCAACUGGGAGCACGAAGCGAAGAAAGCGAAGAGAAAUGUGGAUGCGUCGAGUCUUCCUGUAGAGAUGCUACGUUCAGCGAGUAGGUCCUGUUCCAUGGAGAGGCGCAGUUCCAUGGAGAGGCGCCGGAGCUUUCAGGGAAGUGUUUCCGCCUGACCGCCAUCAUAACAACCGGCAAUAGAUGUUGAAUCUUGUAGAGAGUUAUACGCGUAAUAUGCUUUUUUGUCUUGUAAUUUUGUUUUUUUUUUUUUCUCGAUUGUGUGUUUGUAUUAUAAAUCACAGAAGAAUUCUCAAAUAAUACGUCUCAAUUAGUUUUUCACCCCAAAUUUGUUAAAUCCAAGGUUGUCAACCUGGUCUAAUCCGUUGGUACGGUCGAGGAAGUGGGUUGAGCGUUAAUGGGCCGACCGGUUUAGCCCGGUUUAGCACAGUUACAUGUAAAAAGUAAUUAUAUUGUUGAUACAAUUAUAGAUUAUAUCAAAUCUCAUCCAACAUGUGAGUAAUAACAUAUGACAUUACACAAAAAUAAUAUGGCGUACUUGGAUCCAACAUUUAGUGAAAUUCACAUACUUAUAUAACAUUAAUAUUAAAAUGUUCAACUUAGAAUUCCAAAAAAAUAGGGUCAGGCGAAGAGGAAAACCGUAAAAUAGACAUAUUUCACAAACCAAAGGGAAAACGAAAUCGUGUGACCCCCUACCUGGUAACAUUACGGUGGGUCGACCCGGUUGAUGUGUAUGAUCCAUUUUUCUCAUUGGGUCAGGGUCAAAAUAGGUCAAUCUAUGAGUCGACCCACGAUUGACAACUUUGGUUAAAUCAAUUCCAACCACGAUCUCGCCAACGAAAAAUGGAAGGAGUUAAGUCAAUUUUUACUCGCCCCGUCCCUUCUUGUCCAUAUGUUCUUACAAGGAUGUGAAAACGUUGUAUUUGAUCACCGGACUGAACCGAAAUAGAAUAAUAUCAAAAAGUUAAAAUAAACUAAGAACUAGAUGAAAAGUACAUUUGGUAUAAUGUGAUCCACUUUUUUUUUUGUUAAUUAUGAACAUAGUGUUACUAAAUCGUAUUACAUUCGCUUUUACACGCCGGUUCCAUCCUAAUGUCGACUCAAUCAAAUUGACCAGACAGUUGUACAACCCUACAUUGUGACAUCAAAUAUAUCCACCAAGUAAUCAUAGAAGCAAAUCUUGGGCAAAUGCCAUCUUUCAGUUCACAUUAAAUGACAUGCAUGGGAAAAAGGGCAUUCAUUCCCUACUUACUCGUUUCUAGCUUGUCUCUGUUAAUGGCGAUCGAGGCCCCUGGAUGUGGACAAGAGCAGUAUUUGGUGCCACUACAUCCUUUUUGCUGACAUUACAUUUUAACUACCUAUUAAAAUGAGAUUUUCUUUUUAUAAGCAUGAUAUAUGUUUGCUUUUUUAUGGUUAGGUACUAUUUAAACUAUUCGAAUUUGUAAUCUAUAAAUUCAAAACUGUUGAUAUUACCAUUAGACCAAACUCUUUUCAUAAAAUUAGAUAAAUUUUUUUUUAAUAUAAGUCAUGCAAUGUAAUGAAUGAAUAAGAGUAUUUGGUCGGCAUCUCUAACUUAACGGUGGGGAAAACAACAAUGAUCCAAAAGCUGUUGAAGAAGCAACAUUCUCCAAAUACCACAUGCUAGCACCACAAAAGGAACACACACGAUGGUAGUCCAGUGGCGGAGUCGGGAUUUGAAACUAUUCAUGUCCUCUUUUUCAAAAUAUUAAUAUAAUUAAAACUCAUAAUAUUCAAAUAAUUCAUUCAUAGAUAAAGAAAUAACCGACUAAUAAAAUUAUUGAUUGCAUAACAACUACAACAAAUUUUCAUAUAUUGAAAGAUGUGCAAGAUACAUUCGUUGUAUACACUAUUAAGUAGGUCAUUUUCAAUGUAUCCCACUAAACAAUCUUGUUAGGUUUCGAAACUUGAUCUUUAUACAGCUCAAGCUAAAAAUGCUCAUUCUACACUUACAGACAGUUGCAACUAGUAGAAACAAAACUAGGUUCAAAAAGAAAUAAACUGACAGAUAUGACUUAUGCACUUUUAUUUCUACCAUUAUUUGAUAUAAUUCAUCUAUUCCAUUCGAUCCAUGAAAUCUCAUAACAUCAUGGUAAUAUCAAACAAGGUGUUGUAGAAUAAUAGUAUCAUGAAUGG